AAAAAUGGUUCGGAUUCAGUUUGCUUCCAUAUCGUACCAUCCGUAUAUAUAUAUAUAUAUAUAUAUAAAAAUAUAAUAACUAGCAACAUCGACAUAUUGACAUCAUUGACAUAAAUUCUAGCAUAUGCUCAAGUAUUUGAGUUAUUGAUUUGUGUUCCUAUUCACAUUCGCAUCAUAUUGAUAAAUUUCCAUGUGCAAGCAGCGGAUGCAGCAAAUAUUUAAAAAAUAGAAAUUUCAGUGAGAAUUUAAUUGAAAAUUCAUUUGAAUUAAUAAAAAAAGAGCCAGCAACAAAAAGUAGAAACACGAUUAAAAAAUUGAAAUAAAACAUUUUCAAAUCAUGGUAAAUCGUACAGUGAUUUAAGAAAAAAAAAAUAAUAAUCUCUGUGUGUUACGCAAAGCGCAAAGUGUUACAUAAAUUCCCCGUCGAAUUUAAAAAAUAUUUAUUUUUGAUAUUCCGUAUUCAAUUACACUACCGCAAAAAUGAGCAAUAGUGCAAUGGUGGCGGUAGCCAUUUGUUGUAUAUUAGUUUUAUUGGCCGUAUUCAUUGUCAUCAUCAUUGUGGUCGGACAAACGAUGGGUGAGCCCAAGUGAGAUAAGCUUCAGCUGGGCCCAGGAAUAUUUCCGGAUGGAUAGCAAAGGGCCCCCCCAAAUUGCUAGCAUUAGUGGUUUAUGAUAGUUAAUUUAUUGUUUUUUUUUUCUCUUUCGAAAUGGAAAAAAAUUGUGUUCAUAGAAAAGUUAAACGGUUAAAACGACGUAUAAUAUUUUAGCGAGAAAAACCAGCAACAACAACAACUAAAAACCUUUUGAAAGACUUUUAUAAUGUGUGCAAUUUAAUUCAACGAAAAGCUCUCAAACAUAAUAAAAGACUUUAUAAAUGAGAAAGAGGCGAAAGAAGAAAAAAGAAAAACUAGAAUGAAGAAUGGGGGAUAGCUUAUACAGUGAUGCUGAAAAACUUCAUGUUAUAUAAUGUAAAUGUUAUCGUCGAAUGUUUUAUGAAUUAUUUAUAAGAAUGUUAUUAACUAUGAUGCCAGAUAAUAUUUAAAGAAACAAGAAUCUAUCGUUUGAAUUUGACUUUAGCUUCCAGAAACGUUGUACGUAUCGUUUAAUGUAAGAAAAUUCACUGAAGUAAAAUUAAUUACCUGAUCAAAAGAGGCACAAGAACCUUUCGUUGGUAAUUUGCAUAUAUGAAAAUAUGCUAAACACAUAUAUAUAAUAUACAUAUACCGUUCGUUAUUACCACAUUAUACACACAUAUAUAUAUAUAUGCUCCUGUCUUCAGGACUCUUAAUUAAACAUAGCAGAGAGUAAACCAAAAUUGUUUGUAUUGCGAUAUGCUCAGUGAAACAGAAAUUAACUAGCAUGGAAUCGCCGAGUGUCAAACAGUUUACCAAUCUAUGCAGAAAUUAUACUGAUUGGAAUACUAAACAGCAUAUUAGAUAUACACCACGCUCUACGGAUUUUCAGAAACAGAAAAAAAAAACAAAAAUAAAACAGAGUUUUAAAACGAUUUAUAAAUUGAAAGACAACAUUGUGCAAAGGAUGUGACUACCAGAGAAGGAAUAUAUCAUUUUUUUAUAUAAGCAUAUAUAUAUAUAUAACUAAUUCUACCUAAUUAUGGGUGGAAGAAAGGGACAGUUAUUUCAAGAACAUUUAAAAAUAAGAAAAAGAUAAAAUGAAAUUGUCUAGUUACUUGUUGUACAUAAUAUUUAUGUAAUGUUUUGUACAUAAAACACAAAAAAAAACAGAAAUAAAUAAAAAAAAAGUUAAAAUAAACAAUAACUGUUGGCUGUUUAGUGAUGUUUAAAUAAUUAAAGAAAAAUAUUAUAAUACCAAUGAAGAUAAAAGUAUUUUGUAGUUAACUAUUUGGAAAAGAUAAAAACAAAUAUUGUUAUUAACUGGACUGAAGUGUGUUUUUUUCUACAUAAUAUAACAUAGUGUUGCGCGUUUUUUUUAAUAACUAAAAUAUUAGCAGUUGUUAAUCUUUAAUAAAUUUAGUGAACAAUUUAACUUAUAAAUGGACUUUCAAUGAUGUUAGUUAAAGAAAUUUUAAACGAAUAACAUAUAGAAAUAUUUACUGAAUACCAAAGAAAAACAACAACAUCACAAAAAUCAAUUGAAUUAUUGUUUUUUAAGCGUCUCUAAUUCGUACAUAAUAAAGCUAUGAGAAGAAUGCGAUCAAACGUUUGUGUCUCGAAUUGGUGGGCCACAAAAUGGAACAUUUACCGCACCAUUAUUACAAAAUCCAACGAAUCAUUCAAGACAAUGCCUUUAUAUAUUCCUAGCAGGC